GUCAGGACAGGUUUGAGAGAGAGACUGAAGACGUCAAAGGAGCAAGAGCAAAUUGUAUGGCAGCAGAGACAGGAGCGAAGAGGAAGCGAAUGGGAGAGAAAGGAGGUAGUUUGUCCAAAAAGACACCGAAUUGGCCUGUGAUCAAACCUAAACAAAGUCUCCAGAUCACUCGCCUCAAAGAUUCUGAUCUUUUCACGGUUCAAAAUUUCCUUACAUCUGUUGAAUCAAAGGCAUUCAUCAAAGUUGCUGAGUCUAUUGGUUUUGCUCACCAAGGGAGUCUAGGUCCAACAAAGGGAGAAGCUUACCGAGAUAAUGAUCGAAUCUCGGUGAAUGAUCCUGUGCUUGCAGAUACAAUAUGGGCUUCUGGUCUUAACCAAUUGUUCUCUGAUAUUAAAAUUCGAGGAAAAGCUGCUGUUGGGUUGAAUCCCAGUAUCAGGUUGUACAGGUACAAGGUUGGUCAACGUUUUGGUAGGCAUAUUGAUGAAAGUGCUAAUCUAGGAGAGGGAAAGCGCACCCAUUACACAUUGUUGAUAUAUUUAAGUGGGGGUGUUCCCAAAGGAAAAAAUGAUCCAAAGAAUCCAAAAGACUCUCAGUCAGAGCCUCUAGUAGGAGGAGAAACAGUCUUCUAUGGUUCCACUUUUAGGAAUAGUGUUGUAGCCGAGGUGUCUCCGACUGAAGGGAUGGCUCUUCUCCACAUUCAUGGCGACAAGUGUUUGUUGCAUGAAGCUCGAAAUGUUACUAAGGGUGUCAAGUAUGUAUUUCGUUCAGAUGUAGUUUUUGCUUAAACACUGAUAGCAAUGUUAAAUCAGUCUUCCAAUGAAAUUCAAUUUCAUUAUAUGUUAUGUUUCCAUUUCAGAUAUUGAUAUUUUGUACUAAAGUAUUUGCUAAAUGAUAUGUGGGAAUGACUUGUCUGUUUACACCUCAAAA